AUGGAGGCCCUGCGGCGGGCCCACGAGGCCGCUCUGCGCCUGCUGCUGCUGCCCCGGCGACCGAGCGGCCCGGGGGCUGCGGGCGUCGCCUCCCACCCCAAGCCCCGCGCGUCCGAGGUGCUGACGCAGCACCUGCUGCAGCGGCGCCUGCCGCACUGGACCUCCUUCUGCGUGCCCUACAGCGCUGUCCACAACGACCAGUUCGGCCUCUCGCACUUCAACUGGCCGGUGCAAGGCGCCAACUACCACGUCCUGCGCACCGGCUGCUUCCCCUUCAUCAAGUAUCACUGCUCCAAGGCCCCCUGGCAGGACCUGGCCGGCCAGAAUCGCUUCUUCACGGCGCUCAAGGUCAUUAACCUCGGUAUUCCAACGUUGUUGUACGGACUUGGCUCCUGGCUCUUUGCCAGAGUCACGGAGACUGUGUACACGAGUCACGGACCCAUAACAGUCUAUUUUCUGAAUAAAGAAGACGAAGGUGCCAUGUAUUGAAAAUUGUGCACUGCAGGCCAUAAAUUCCUGGAUCUUUUCUUGUGUGUAUAUAUGAAAUAUUUAUUUUUGAUGCCUUCAAAAUAAAA